UUCCUCUCUCACUCUAAUUGCAUUUCUCUUCUUCAUUCAAUUUCUCAUUUCUGUCCCAACAUCAUGUCUGUCGGAAGCAUUAUUCCAUUUAUUGAUAAUUUUGUGGUCAUUAAAGGUGAUCCCAAUAUCACCAUUGGAGGACCUGUUCCAAACGGCCACACCAAGGUUGUUGUACUCGAGUUUUGGGCAACUUGGUGUGGGCCUUGUCUUCAAAGCAUCCCACAUCUCUCAGAGUUGCAACGAAAGUACAAGGAUGUGGAUGUGACUAUUAUAGGCUCCACUAAUGAACAGGAUGAACAGAAAAUCCGAAACUUUGUUCAAGGCCAGCCAAUGGACUACACAGUGGUCUUAGACAAGCAUCAUGCUUUGCAUUCGAAGGUGUUUAAGCCUAGUGGUGCAACAGGAAUCCCUUUUGCUGCUAUCAUUGUCAACAACAAAAUCCUAUUUUCAGGACACCCAAUGGACCCUAAUUUUGAUAGGAUAUUGGAAGAUGCAGCCAGCAAAGCAUCUUCGACCCGUAAGGAGCCUGUGGCCUUACCUCUGAUCACACAGACCUAUGAUGAACUGAUGCAAUUACGACCCAAGGAACUGAGACAGAUCUUGGACGAGCGUGGCAUCAAGUCAACAGGAUGCUCAGAAAAGAGUGAGUUUGCAAAGUUGAUUGUUGAGACGUGUUCAAGCACUCAAUAUUACAAGAGCGAGUAGUUUUUUAGUCUAACAGCUUAGCUUACUACGACCAGCAAGGAGAAGGAAGAAAAAGACUUUUUUUUGAUUUGAUCCGCACUACUCUUACAAAUGUACACCUAAACGCUUUCAAAUAAUUAAAUACAUAAAAAAGGUC